ACAAUAUGCGUGUCUUUGCUCUAAUUCAGUGUAUCGCGACUGUCGCAGCAAUGACCAGUCCCUCUAGGAUAUUGGGUGGGACUGUCACCUCCAUAGAGCAAUACCCCAGUAUGGUUGUAAUUUUGUUCGUAUUUGAGUGGAAUCACGUUGCUCACAUUUGUGGCGGCAGUCUCCUUAACAACCGGUCCGUCCUCACCGCCGCUCACUGUGUAUUUGACGCAUCCGUCAGCAAGUAUCGAAUUCGAGUGGGGUCCACGUGGUCGAAUAGCGGUGGUGUCGUUCAUAACAUUAAUGGCAUCUUCCUGUAUGAUACACUGGACUACCCACCCAUGAUCAUACAUGAUAUCGGUGUCAUACGCUCUGCCACUAACAUAGAGUACAGCGACUACACUCGCCCCGCUCCCAUCGCUGGCACUACAUACGUUGUUCCCGAUAACGAUUACAUUUGGGCUGCUGGAUGGGGUGGGCCUGAUCCUGAGGAUGAGUCUGAACUGGGGCAGCUGCGUCAUGUCAAAUUUGAGAAAGUAAAUUUAGACGUCUGCAAAAAACUAUUCCAGGCUGCCAAUUACGUGCUUCCUGCUGAUUAUAUGAUCUGUGUUGGCUGGCCUACUGGGGAUCGCAGUCAGUACAGCGGGGAUUCCGGCAGUCCUAUUUUCCAUAAUGGAGUCGUUGUUGGUGUCUGCUCUGCUGUUGUCUUGGGUCUACCCAGCGUUAACAUACGUGUGGCCAAUUUCACCAAUUGGAUUGUAGAACACUCAUAAAAUGUUCUUUAUUCUUAACUGUUUCUUUUACUGAUUUUCACAUGGCCCAGUCCAAUUCAAUGUACCAUUACCAAAUGUACCUCCAAUCCUCACAUCUCCAAAAUUCCGGAAACCCACGUUUCUCAGAUCACACAGAAUUCUAUGCGCGGUGCCGAAUGAUGGCUACUAGAUGAUACGUGUACCAAUUUUCCGCCCUGCCCCACAAGAAACAACCCGAUAAAAAUCACCCGAAAACUAACAAACUAUUGAACAACCAAACCUAUUUUAUUUAAAUUUGAAAAAAGGAAUAGACGAUAUAUUUAAUUUUAUCAAAGUUAACAAUACUAUAUACAUACGAUAUACUAUUGGUGUUCAUACUAACUAUAGUAAUAAAAAAUAAAAAUAUGCUU